AUGGUCAACGGCCACACGAAAGCGGCCCUGUCGGCAAUAGCCGUCACGACUGCAUCGGCCAUGGUAUCGCCGGGACCGCUAACAAAGAUGGUCAACCUGUUUGCGGGCACGGCGCAGAACAACGACCCGGGCAACGUAUUCGCGGGCGCGUCGGUCCCGUUCGGCAUGGCCAAGGUGACCAUCAACGUUGACGGCUAUGCGCCGGCCGGGUACGUGUCCGAGUCCAAGGAGAUCGUCAAGGGCAUGUCUCCGCUCCACGACUCCGGCACCGGCGCCGCAGACGGCAGCUACGGCCAGUUCAGCAUCAUGCCCGUCGUCUGCGGGGGGUUUGAGUCUUGUCCGACCAUUGAGACGGCCCGAGGGCUGCGGCGAGACGGUGACGGCGUCAAGGAUCAGGGAUUUCCGGGCUACUUCAGCACGCCUCUGACAAAUGGGGUUUUGAUGGAGGCGGCUUCCACGCAGGGGGCUUCGCUGGAGCGCUACACCUUCCCGGCUGGGGUCGAGCCGACGCUGGUUCUCGACUGGACCACCGACGGGACGCACUCGUUCAACUAUGGACAAAUGCACGCCGACUGGCCAGCACAGAGGAUCCUCAUGAACGGCACGUGGUUCAGCAGCUUUGGGCCCAGCUUGUUUCGGUACACGGCGUUUCAGUGCGUCGACCUUUCCGCCUCUGGCAAGUUUACAAACCAUGAGUUUUGGGGCGCCAACCCGGAAGGAUGGGACGCCCGACGCAACGACACGGACUCGUGGAACUUUGGGAGGUGGGCGGAGCGCCGACGGAAUCCGGCCCUAACACAACCGACAAACGCCGCCGCCAUCGUGCGCUUUGGCAACACCACCAGCACCAUCGUUGUGCGCCGGGGUGUGUCCUUCGUAUCGGCGGAAAAGGCCUGCCACAAUAUGGAGCAGCAAAUCCCGUCACCGCAAGACUUUGACAAGGUCGUGGCUGAUAGCAACACACUCUGGGAGACCAAACUUCGGCGAAUCGAGCUCACGGACAGCACGCCGGACUACAUCCGACAGCUGUUCUACACCAACCUAUACCGUACGUUCCUGUCACCCAACAACGCGACGGGCGACGCACCGCCCCCUUACACGGAAUCGCCCCACCCCUACUUCGACGGCCUGUACUGCAGCUGGGACACGUUCCGGACGUUGUUCCCACUAAUGGCGCUGACGUCUCCGCGCGAGAUGGCACAGAUCACCGACUCGUACGUCGACGGCUUCAGGCGCGAGGGAUGGCUGCCGGAAUGCCGCGCCAACAACGUCAAGGGGUGGGUGCAGGGUGGGAACAAUGGCGUGCCCAUCGUCGCAGACUUUAUGGUAAAGUACGCCAAGCACGCGGCAGAGCUGGGCGUCAACAUGGACGACUACUGGGCGGCGCUGGAGCACGACAUCAACGCCACGCCACCGAACUGGGACUACGAAGGCCGCAAUAACGAGGCCUACAACAAGCUCGGCUACAUCCCCUACGGCUUUCUCGAGAGUACGGCUAUUGGCCAGCACACGCGCGAGUUCAGCCGCGGGCUGGAAUACUCCUUUGGCGAUUUUACGGCCGCCAUGGCGGCGCAGGCACUGGGGAAGCCCGCCGACGUUUGGCAGCCGUUGCUGGACCGCAGCCUCAAGUACGGAACAAACUACAACAUGCAGCUCGAGUCGGACGGUUACAAGGGGUUUGUGGCGAGGCGGUUCCCCAACGGCACGUUCCCUCCGUCAAACCCGGUCGACUGCUCACCCCUGGACAAGAACACGACGCGACCUUGCAGCCUGCAGGCAACCAACGUCUACGGCGGGCACGAGAGCUCGUCGUGGGAGUACAGCUUCUACGCGCCGCAUGAUGGCGCCGGCUUGGUCAAGCUGCUGGGCGGCAAUGAGACUUUCAACGCCCGGCUGCAGCAUUUCUUCCAAAAGGGGUAUAACGUAGUGGGCAACGAGCCGAGCUUCCAGACGCCGUCGCUGUACCACCACGUCGGCCUGCCUGGUAGCUCGGUAAGGGAGUCUCGGCGCAUCGUGCUCGACAACUUUAACCUGACGAGGGGAGGGUCACCGGGCAACGACGACAACGCAGCCAUGUCGAGCCUUGUGGUCUGGUACAUGCUCGGCUUCUACCCCGUGCCGGGCUCCGCCGAGAUGCUGGUGCUGUCGCCGUUUGUGCCGGGCUAUACGAUCCACAAUGAGCUGUUGGGUGAUGUGCACGUCACGGUGACGGGGUACGAUGCCGCCACCGUAGCGAACAGCAAAGUCCCAAGCGGCGGGAGGGCUUUUGUUGAGGAUCUUAAGCUAGACGGCAGGUCUAUGGGUCGGUGUCGUAUCAACUUUGACCAGUUUUUCUCUGCAAAGCAGGUCGAGUUUGUCAUGACGGCAGAGGAGAAGAAGGGCUGUAAUGGACAGGAGCCCAGCAGUGCCAGCACUGGUGGAUUUCCGGUCGCGUGGAGGACUUGA